AUGGCACCAAAGAUGUUUGCAUGCAUCUAUGAUAAUGGUGACAUGAUUCCUAACCCAGAAAAUGGUGUUUUGUUUAAGUCUGACACCUGUAUCAUGGUUCAACUUCAUAGAGGUUUCACAUUUUCGCAAUUAAUAGAGAUAAUAUUGCAAUGGGCGAAGAGAGAUCCAACCAAUCCACCUCCUGUCCUCCAUUUUAGAUUUCCAACACAAAUUUGUGGCAGACAUGUGACUUAUACAACAACAAAUAUUGAAGAUGACGAUGACUUGGAUGGAGCCAUGGACAUCAUAGAGGCCAACCCAACUUUAAGAUCCUUGGAAAUUUGCACGACUUACAACAUAG